AUGGGGAAAAUGCCCCCUUCUCCGUGCAAAUGCUGUGGCAGCGCGAAUCACUGGGAUAAGGAAUGUCCAGACUGGAAUACUUACCUGGAGAGAGCGAAGCGUUCAGCCAAUUCGGUAGAGAUCUGGCCCGAGGACGAAGCUGAUAAAGCUUACGCGUCAGCAUAUUCAGUCCUUCUGAACGAAAGGUUAACCGACCAGUCAACUAAUCAACCAGUACCCCUCGAGUCUCCCAUUCAGCAGGGUUUUGAACAGGCAUCGUCCACUUCGCAGACCCCUGCGGAGGAGGCAAGUAAGACCAGCGUUGCGGAAGUGUACAAAGCUUCCAGACGGGCUUCUGUGGAAGAAGUGGAAGACGAGGAUUACAUAGCUCACCUAAUUAAACCCAAGUCUCCAAAACAUCUAUUGGAAAAGAUAGACGAGUUAGGAUUCGAGGAUAACGAAGAUUCAGAGAAGGUAGAGCCGAACUUCAGAUCCCCUCCACUUCAUUCAGACGAGUUCGAUUCGCUGGCGUCAGACCUGCAGACGGAGGAGGCUCCAACUAAGGAAGCUUACUCUUCGAACACGACAACAGGACCGCCCACAACCGACCAUAAAGUUAAAUUGAAAAAGAGGCGCUUUACGCCCGCAGGGUCUUCAGCCGUAGGAGUCUCUGUAGUCGCGGUCCAAGGCUGGGUUGGAUCUCAGAGGAAUGACCAAAUCGACUUGAGAUUAGACUCUUGUGCCGACGUCACGUUAAUCUCACAAGAAUACUUAGAGUCCCUUAAAGACCGCCCUGCAUGUCAGAAGGGAUUGAAAAUGGACUUGUGGCAACUUACCGACAAAGACUCUAAAAUCCAGGGCUACGUUCGGAUCCCCAUCUUUAUGGAAUCCUCGGAGGGAGUGAUCAUCGAGACAGAAGCUGAGGCUUAUGUCGUCCCCGACAUGACCAUCCCCAUCUUGUUAGGAGAGGAUUACCAUCUGAACUAUGAACUCACCGUUGCUCACAGAAUCGAUUUCAAGUCAGUAGUUAAUUUCUCCGGCGCGCCCUAUUCCGUUCCCGCCAGGGGAAGGAAUAAGGCGAAGAAAGCCAGGGACAAGAAAAGAUUUGGAAUCGAAAAGAGAACCGUACGCGCCUCGGAAGAUUGUCGCCUUCGUCCGGAUGAGUGUCGGAGGAUACGUGUCGAUGGCCACUUCGAAGAAGACAGAACUUGGCUAGUUGAGAAAAAUUUGUUAGCCUCCAACAAUGAUUCAGCUUUCAUCGUUCCUAACGUACUGAUCUCGGCAUCUGAUCCAUGGAUCCCCAUCUCCAACCCUUCUCCACAUCCGAGAAUGAUCAGGAAAGGAGACAUAGUGGGUUACUUAGUUGACCCACAAGAAUUUUUCGACACGCCAAGUUCUAAAGACGAAUUCGAAAAGCUCGCCCGCUCCGCACAAGCUAUUGCGGCCAUCAUAUCGAUUUCUUCGGAAACAACCCAAGGAGAAACUUCGCAGAAGUCAGAACCCUCGGAACACAACGAGGUCCCCGAGGAUCCCACGAUAAAAGUGACUCCCGCCGAAGAACCCGAGGCCUUCGCUAUUUCAUUCCUACCCACCACAUUUUUCAUUUCUCCUUGGCAAUGA